AUGGCUUUGAUUAAUGAGAAUUUCCUGAAACUAAAGGCGGGGUAUCUAUUUCCUGAGAUUUCCCGUCGGGUAAACGCCUAUACGGAGGCCGAGCCGGAAAAAGCAGGGCGUCUGAUUCGCUGUGGGAUCGGGGAUGUGACGGAGCCGGUGCCAGUGGCGGCGCGGGAAGCAAUGAAGGCUGCCGUGGAUGAGCUCGGUGAGCGCGGGACCUUCCGUGGAUAUGGGCCAGAAGGAGGGGUAUGAGUUUUUAAGGAAAGCGGUGGUAGAAGAAAUGCUUAUGCGGGCUUGGGGAUCGAGGCAGGGGAUGUGUUUAUCUCAGAUGGCUCGAAGUGUGAUACGGGAAAUAUUUUGGAUAUUUUGGGGGCGGGGAAUCGAAUCGCGAUCACCGAUCCCGUGUAUCCGGUGUAUGUGGAUACGAAUGUGAUGGCUGGCAAUACGGGUGAGGCCGAUGAGCAGGGGGCGUAUAAGGGAUUGGUGUAUCUGAAAUGUACGGCUGAGAAUGGUUUUGUGCCGGCUGUGCCCGAGAAAAAAGUGGACCUGAUUUAUCUCUGCUAUCCGAAUAAUCCGACGGGGACGACGGCGACGCGUGCUCAGCUGGAGGCUUGGGUGGCGUAUGCGAAGAAGAAUGAUGCGAUCAUUUUCUAUGAUGCGGCUUAUGAGACCUUCGUGACGGAUGAGGCUGUGCCGCGCUCGAUCUAUGAGAUCGAGGGGGCCAAGGAGUGCGCGAUUGAGUUCCGCUCGUUUUCUAAGAAUGGUGGAUUCACGGGAGUGCGUUGUGCGUUCACCGUGAUCCCAGAUUCUCUGACUGGGGCGACGGCCAGCGGGGAACGAAUUCCGCUGAAGCAGUUGUGGUCGCGUCGGCAUUCGACCAAGUUCAAUGGGGCGAGUUAUCCCGUUCAGCGAGGUGCGGAGGCUCUUUAUUCUGAGGCAGGAAAAGCUGAGGUGGAGGAGUUGGUGAAGCACUACAUGGGCAAUGCCAAGUUAUUGCGCGAGGCUUGUGAGGCGCUAGGUCUCAAGGUGUGGGGCGGCGAGAAUGCGCCGUAUGUUUGGGUAGGCUGCCCUGAUGGGGUCGAUAGCUGGGGGAUGUUUGACAAGAUGUUAAAUGGGGCGCAGGUGGUGGUGACUCCGGGAUCAGGUUUCGGAGCGGCAGGUGAGGGGUAUUUCCGGAUCUCGGCCUUUAAUUCACGUGAAAAUGUGGAGGAAGUCUGCCGCCGACUUUCUAAAAUGGUUUAA